AUGGGACGCAAUCAUCAACACUUUUCAUUCCGCUUGGCCAUCGUGGCGAUUUUAACCUUCGUCCGCUCCGUACUGGGAGGCAAUAGCCUGGCGCAAAAACCUCAGAUGGGCUGGAACUCAUGGAACGCAUUCAAAGCGACGGUAAACUACACGAUAGUCCAGGAUGUUAUGGAGCGCUUCGGUACUCUCGGGCUAAAGGAAGCAGGCUACGAAUACGUGCUGCUUGAUGACGGAUGGGCAAGCUAUAAUCGCACGUCCGACGGGUAUCUUCAAGCCAAUGCAACGUCAUUUCCUCAGGGAAUCAAGACACUGGCCGAAGAUGUGCACGCUAAGGGCUUGAAAUUAGGCCUUUACGGAGACAGUGGGCACUACACAUGUGCGUGGAGGCCAGGAAGCUGGGGAUAUGAAGAAAGAGACGCCCAAACGAUCGCGAGUUGGGGCGUGGACUAUCUCAAGUACGACAACUGUGGCGGAUUCCAGUCGAUGACGGAGGCCCCUCAGAUCCGCUUUGGGGCAAUGAAGAAUGCGCUCGCACUUUCGGGCCGGGAUAUCUUCUAUUCUGUGUGUGGUUGGGGCUAUCAGUUCCCUUGGCACUGGGGAGGAGAUAUCGGUCACUCUUACAGAAUGUCUGGCGAUAUCACGACAAGCUUUACCAAUGAAACCGAGUGCCAGUGCAAGACAGCCUACUGUCUUGACACUGGAUAUGCCGGUUGCUCUGUCCUGACGAUCAUCAAUAAGAUGAAAGAAAUCAGCCAAUAUCAGACCCAGGGUCACUGGUUAGAUAUGGAUAUGCUCGAAGUCGGAAAUGCCAAUUUCACACUUAACCAGCAACAGACACACUUUGCGUUCUGGGCGGCGCUGAAAUCACCCUUGAUCAUUGGGGCUGAUCUGAGCAAGCUAUCCAAUGAUAGCUUAGGUGUGCUCACCAAUACGGCGAUCAUUUCUGUCAAUCAAGACGCUCUUGGAGAGCCUGUUACGUAUAGAGAGGCUCACAGUAAGGAAGGCCUCUUUCAGGUAUGGGCUGGAAAUGUCGAGGGGGGAUAUGUUGUGCUUCUACUGAACGAGAAGAGUUAUCCGCAGACUGCGUCUCUGAGCCUUGCGAGUCUUGGGCUUGGCUCGCCUCAGAAGGUCGUUGAACUUUGGUCGGGAAAGACUCUGAAGGAUGCCAAUACAUUCAAUGGAACCUUGGGGUCCUAUCAAACUCUUGUUUUUAGAGUACAGACAUGA